AUGGCCUCUUGCCUCGCCCCCGAGUUCCCGGCCGUCAUGGUCGCUCUGGAGCAUUUAAAGGAGCUGGACAAGCAGCUGAAAGAGGAGGGGGUACCGUUCUCACCUGAAGCCAGCCUCCACCUGACCGAGAUGACUGCUGCCAUCACUGAGCUGGAGGCGGAGAGACGCGCUACCCAUGAACAUUUAGAGGUGGAGACCAUAGAAAACAGUAAGCUAAGACACCAAAUCAACAAUGUUAGAGAACGAAUGAGCCAGGAAAUAAUGGCUGAUGUAGCAGCAGCCAGGGCAUCUAAUGCUGAGGAGAUAGAGCAGCUUCGCAAAGACCUCAACACAGUCUCUCACCAGCAAGAAGCCACUGUGAAGAGACAGGAAGUGCUCAAGAGCCAAAAUGAAGCUCUGCAUCCAGAGAGAGAUCGGUUGAAAGUGGAGCAUGAGGAAGUCAUCGCUGCUCUAAAUGAUCGAAUCACGCUGAAGUACGGCUUGCAGAUACAGCUGGGUCGCACGCGGGAGCUGAUGGAGGAGUUGAGGUCCUGCAUCGCCGACGUGGAACAGGAAAAGAUAACGCUGCAGCAGAAUAUGGCGCUGGAGAGAGAUGCCUUCAAUGUGAAAAAGGACAACGUGUCCAGAGAUGUGGACGUAGCCGAGGAGAAGAUUAAGCAGCAGAAGCAAACCAUCAGGAGGAGCAGGAUGGAUCUGGAUGUAGUGAAUGACAAGAAACAAGAAACCCAAGAGCACCUGGAUGAGCUCACAAUUCACCUGGCCAAGUUGGAGAGCGCCUUGCAAAGACUGACGGCGUCCCGGUGCCAGUUUGAGAAACAGCUGGAAGAGGAGAUCCAAAAGCGUCACGAUUUGAAGAAACAGAGGGAAACGCUGAAGAAGGAGCUGUGUGAUUUAGAAGAAGCCUUCAGAGCUGCCAUUCAGCAUCUUAACGAGGAAAUAGCAACGGUGGAGGGUAUGAUAGAAGAAGGCAGAGCAUCGAGAAUCCUCUAUCAAGACUCCUUGGCUCAAAUCUAUGAGAUAUUCAAGCGGCAGCAGGAGGAAGAGAAUGAGGUAAGGGCCGAGCAUUUCAGCGUUUCUCAGCAGCUGGAGAGGUCCAGGUUGCAGCUGGAGGAGCGCAUCGCCUCCAUAGUGAAACACAGCAAGGAGAUUAAAGAGAUGGACAAGCAGAUUGGAGAGCUCCUGGAGGCGGAUGUGAUCAACAAGCGCAUCUUCAAGAGGAAUCAGGAGGAGCUGUGCGGUAACAUGGACAUAGAGAAGAAGAACAUCAGCCAGUUGGAGGAGGAGAAGAGUCGGCUGAGUCGGCUCCUGGAGGAGGCGAAGAGGGUGCAGCGGGAGCACGUGGCCAAGAUGACCUCUGACAUCAGCAGCACCAGGAGGAGGUACGAGGAGCUGCGACAAGAGGAGGCCAGACUCCUGCAGCGUCAGCCCAUGAGUGCAGACACCGACUUGCUGUCAAACCACUUGGCCCGAUCAGUGGUAGAAUUCAGAGAAAUGGAGACCGCGCACCACCAGGAGAUGCAGCGGUGUGCCACGGAGACAGAGAGCCUCGGGAGUAGCAACGAGCAGAAGCAGAGGGAGGUGGAGGAGAAGGAGGCAACUCUGAAGGAGGUGGAGGCAGAGUGCAACGAGGAGCGAUCCAGGCACCAGAGCCUGAAAACGUGCACCUCCAAGCUUAGGAGGAAGAGGAAUGAUCUGCAGCUGUCGAUCCAGGUGCUGACGGAGAAAACCAGCUCGCUGCUUCAGCCCAAAGAGGAGACGAAGGCCGAGCUGCGGGAGCUGCGAGCGAGUUACAUGGACCUGCUCGACAGACAGGCCUCAGAGCUGAGAUCUGUGGAGCUGAGCGUCUAUGACAACAGCGUGAAACUGGAGCAGGUCGGCAUGGAGAACAGCAGGCUGCAUCUCUGUAUCCGACAGAUGACAGACAACAUCAACAGAGCCCGGGAGAACAAAGACAGAUACCUGCAGGAGAUCCGCCAGUUCAACGAGGAUACCCGGGCCCUGCUGGAGGGUUUGCAAGAAGCCUGGAGAGAGGAUGUGUUGAUAACUGGAGACAGUCAGAGCAGGGACAGCGCUCUGUUGGUGUGCAUGAGUAGCCUGUUGAGUCAUCUGAAGUGCAGGAGACAGCAGUUAGGAAGUGUCAGCACGCUCCUGCACCAACAGAUGUUAGACUUCAGCAAACGACUGGGGGAUAAAACUACUGUAGUGCAGCACAGCUGA